GGAGAAGUGAGGGUGGGGUGCGGCAGCCUUCCAUCGAGCCGUGCAGUUUUACCACGGUAAAGAGUCGCGCGGAGAGUAAGAGACCGCCAGCUAGACCGAGUCCGGGUCCGAACCCGAGUGGAGCUGCGCGCUCCUGCCUCCUCUCAUGGGACGGAAUCGCGGCACGGCGGUAUCGGCACGUGGGAGCAGGGUGUGAUGGUGUGGCGCUUGCUGUGACAACACGUGUGGAGAUGUCGGGGGACACCAGCACCCUGUCCUGGAAGCUGCCCAGCCCUACAGCCAAUGAGAAGGACGAAGGAAGGCCCGAGCUCCCCUGCGCUGGUGAUGGGGGGCCUCUUAAGAUCCUCAAAGUCUGUUUCAUCAGCAAUAGCUCCAACCUCGGGAAAAACUUCAAACUGGUCAAAUGUGACAGCUCCUGGGAGAUCAGGGCCAUCAUCAAGUCAAUCCUGAUGAGUGGGCGGCUGGGUCCAAACAUCCGGUACCCUGGCUGCUAUGGGCUGCUUCUGAAGCACCUGAAGUCUGACGAACUGCACUGGCUGCACCCUGACAUGACCGUAGGGGAGGUGGAGCUGAAGUACGAGAGACAGCACUUGGAGGCGGAGUGGAGGUAUGACCUUCGGAUUCGCUAUAUCCCAGAUAAUUACUUGGAGAAAUUCAAGGAAGACAGGACCACUUUGCUGUACUUCUAUCAGCAGGUUCGCAGUGACUACAUGCAACACCAUGCCAGCAAAGUCAGUGACGGGAUGGCUCUGCAGCUGGGCUGCCUGGAAAUCAGGAGGUUUUAUAAAGACAUGAAUGCCAAAGGGCUGGAGAAGAAGUCCAAUUUGGAACUGUUGGAGAAGGAUGUUGGUUUGGAACUUUUUUUUCCACGAGGGUUGAUCGAGGGCAUGAAGCCCAAACAGCUGAGGAAAAUGAUUCAGCAGACUUUCCAGCAGUAUGCAACGCUCAAAGAGGAGGAUUGUAUGAUGAAGUUCUUUGAGACCUUCGGAGAUUUCUCCAGCUUCGAUGAGGAAGUCUUCCCCUGUGAGCUAGUGCAAGGAUGGAGUCUAGCAGUGGAGCUCGUCAUCGGACCCAAAGGCAUUCGCCAACGAACCCACAAGUUCUCUGCGCCCAUCUAUUUGGCAGCUUUUAAACAGGUUAGAAGUAUUACAAGCUCUGUACAAGAGGAUGGCAAAGGACUGCUACAGCUGGACAUAGAAGGAGUGAAGCAGCCAUUGUCCAUCAACACAGCCUCUUUGGCAAUGGCAGAGAACAUGGCAGACCUAAUAGACGGUUACUGCAGAUUAGCAAACAACACGGAUGCGUCCCUCGUUUUGAAAUCAAAGAAAGACAGGAAGUCAAAAAUUGCACUCCCUGAAAUUCCUGCAAGCAGCGACAGAGUGGUAUCCAACAGUUCAUUCCGCAGCAGCAUGGGAUCGGACAUCUAUGCCGAGAUACCGGAUGAAAGGCCAAAAUCUGUUGUGAAAUAUGGACUUUCCAGAGAAGACAUUGUUCUGGGCAGAAUUCUGGGUGAAGGGUUCUUUGGGGAAGUUCACGAAGGUGUUUACAAAAAGCUGAAUGGGGAGAGGAUCAGUGUGGCAGUCAAGACGUGCAAAGAUUGCUCGCCUGAUGUAAAGGACAAGUUCAUGAGUGAAGCUGUGAUCAUGAAAACCCUGGACCACCCACACAUUGUGAGCCUGAUUGGUAUUAUAGAGGAACACCCUGUGUGGAUUGUCAUGGAGCUCUACAAGUAUGGAGAGCUUGGAAAUUACUUGGUGGAGAACCAGCACAUGCUGAGCAACGUCACGCUGGUGCUGUAUGCCUUACAGAUCUGCAAAGCUCUUGCCUACCUGGAGGGAGUAAACAUGGUUCACAGAGACAUAGCAGUGAGGAAUGUGCUCGUGGCUGCUCCCGACUGCGUGAAGCUCGGAGAUUUCGGCUUGUCCAGGUACAUCGAGGACGAAGAGUAUUACAAAGCCUCUGUAACGCGACUGCCCAUCAAGUGGAUGGCCCCCGAAUCCAUCAAUUUCAGACGCUUCACCUCAGCCAGCGACGUCUGGAUGUUCGCGGUGUGCAUGUGGGAGAUCAUGAGCCGGGGUCAGCAGCCCUUCUUCUGGUUGGAGAACAAGGACGUGAUCAACCAGCUGGAGCAGGGCGUCCGACUGCCUAAACCCGAGCAGUGCCCACCGACGCUGUACAGCCUCAUGACCCGGUGCUGGACGUACGACCCCAAGGAGAGGCCCACGUUCACAGAGCUCGUGUGCAAGCUGAGUGAUGUGCACAAGAUGGAGAAGGAGCAGGAAGCGGAGCAGCAGAGAGAUCGCUUUCGCGCCACCAAGACCUUCGACCCCAAGUUCACCUUCAACGAGCCUCCGCCCAAGCCUUCGAGGAUGAAACCCAGCCGCUGCGGAAACACCCUCAGCAUCGGCCUGCACAUCCAGCUUCCCGAAUCUCUGUGCGCCAGCUCGCCCGCCAUCGCUAGCCCGUGUGACUACCAGUCACCCUUCGACUCCAGCAACAAGCUGACGGUGCCUAAAAUGUCCCCCCGUCGUCGCAGCGUCGGGGAAGGGGAGCUGAUCAUCGAGCCAUCGAGCAAGGAGGAUGCCCAGCGCCUGUGGGAGAUGGAGAGACUACGCAUGCAGGAGACUCUGAAGAGGCAAAAGCAGGAGAUGCUGGAAGACAACAUGUGGCUGGAGAAGGAGAAGAAGCUGUUGGACCCCAUGAGACCAGAUGAUAUAGCGACCCCAUUGACCCCCGAGAAGGAGGCUGGAUAUGCUGAGUUCACUGCUCCCCCAGAGAAGCCUCCGAGACUGACUGCCAAGCCGGCCCCCACAGCAGAGCUAGACCGCUCGGAUGACCAGGUGUACCAUUUCGUCAUGGAGAUCGUGAAGCUGGUGGUGCAGCUGAAGAACGAUGUGAACACGAUGCCUCCAUCUGAAUACGUCAGUGCAGUAAAGUCGGUGGGCCUGACGCUGCGCAGUCUCAUUCGCAGCGUGGACGAUGUCCUUCCCACUCUCCACAAUUCCGUCAGGACCGAGAUCGAAGGUACUCAGAAGCUGCUUAACAAAGACAUGGCAGAGCUGAUCAACAAGAUGCGCCUGGCCCAGCAGAACGCCAUCACCACCUUGAAGGAGGAGUGCAAGAAGCAGAUGCUGGCUGCUGCCCACACGCUGGCGAUGGACUCCAAGAACCUGCUGGAUGCAGUGGACCAGGCCCGGGUGCGUGCCAACGUGGCGAAGCCAAAGCCAGACUCUUCCUAGCCACCUACAAGCUUUUCCCACUGGGCCCCUCCCACGCUCAGAGGGACCGUCUCAGUCCCCUCGGUCCCCUUAGGUACACCAGCGUAUGAGAGCUGUCAGCACUCUGUUAACCAGGAUUCUGAUGGCUUUUGACCUCUUUUUUUAAAUUUUCUUAAUCAUGAAUCUGUUCAGGUACGACUGAAGCUGUGAUAUCUAGGCAGAGCACAACAUUACAUUUUUAAAAUGGAGCUGUUUUUUUAAAUAAAUGCAAACACACAGUCACAUUCACAUGCACAUCUGACUGAAAAAAGAGUGGACUGGUGGUGUUUAUCAGACGUUGGACUGACGGUAUGAAUGUGCGCAUAGGCUGCGCAUUGGAAUUCAGUCAUCUUUUUGCAAACAGAGUGUAAUAGUUUUUAAAAAGAUGUGCUGUAUGAACAUCAUGUUUAUUCUGUACAUUUGAUGUGUGAUGUAUGUGGUAUUAAUUCAGAAAGUAAACCCAAAUAAUGAAAGUUUUAAUUCA